AAACGCUUUUUGGUGCGCAAGAAACCAUGCGGGAGAAGCUGAGCGGCCAGAUUUUGAUUUUCGGGAGAAUCACUGAGUAAUUUAGAAGUAUAAGUGAUUAGUUGAUGUUGAUUUGUUAUGUGUUAUUAGUUUAGAUUUCUAUGACAACCCGGCUGAUUGAUACAGCAUCUAUAACCCCAGAGAGGAAAACUGCAAUAUUCAAAUUGGUUGAUAUCAUAUCAGAAAGACAAACCAUAACAGAAGCAUAGGAUCAACAACACAGAGUAAACUAGUUAUCCGGUAUACGGCGGUAGAGUAGAGAGGAGGAUAAAAUAAAGAAAUAAUAAGGAUAUUGAUUUAAAGAAGGACUACGGAAGGAAUUUCGGUGCGAAAACUUGGAAGACAGGAAAGUGGAGAAGACAGAAAGCGGAGAAAUAAGGGCGAGAGGUCUCAGGUUGCCAGCUGUUGGUACUCCGCCAUGCAACAUGAGUGACGGCAGUAACGGAGUUGGGGGGCUUCCACCCCUCUGGAACUUCAAUGGGACAUCGAUCAUCCAAUCAGCUGACCUGUUCUCCAACACCUCCUGCAAUACGUCCUCCAAUGAUUCAACAUUCUGUUCUCCUGUGGAUGAAGGAGUUGGGGCAGGAAGUCCAUAUAAAGCUCUGGAGAUGUUUUUUAUUGCCUUGGUUACAGGAUCUCUGAGUUUUGUGACUGUCACAGGAAAUAUUUUAGUCAUGCUGUCCAUCAAAGUAAACCGCCACCUACAAACUGUCAAUAACUAUUUCUUAUUUUCAUUAGCAUGCGCUGACUUGAUAAUCGGUGCUUUCAGCAUGAAUUUGUACACAGUCUACAUUAUCGUUGGUUACUGGCCGCUUGGGCCGGUGGUAUGUGACUUGUGGCUAGCUUUAGAUUAUGUUGUCUCAAACGCUUCAGUGAUGAAUUUAUUGAUCAUCAGCUUUGAUCGUUAUUUCUGCGUGACAAAACCCCUCACAUAUCCGACAAGGAGGACAACGAAGAUGGCAGGGUUAAUGAUCGCGGCAGCAUGGAUCCUGUCGUUCAUCUUGUGGGCUCCCGCCAUCUUGUUCUGGCAGUUCAUCGUUGGACAGCGAACAGUGCCACCUGGAGAGUGCUAUAUUCAGUUCCUUUCGAACCCUGCAGCAACGUUUGGGACGGCUAUAGCAGCAUUCUAUCUUCCUGUCAUUAUUAUGACAGUCCUGUACAUCCACAUUUCCCUUGCCUCCAGGAGCAGGGUGUCCAAACACAAACCAGAGAAGAAGGAGAAAAAGGGAAUUAAAACUCCCAGCUUGAUGAAGAGUCACCUGUUAAAGCAGAACAAUAACAAUGAGACCAGUCCUCAGGCCAGUCCCCGCUCUACGCCCAAAGUCAGUCUAGACUCAGCUACCACUGCGCUGGAAGCUGUGAAAAAUGGCAGAGUGGAGGAACCAAAACCUGUUCAGCCACAGCCUCUAGCACAGCCCAGUCCAGGACUCACACAGGAAAAAGAGAGCUCCAAUGAUUCGUCCACAGCUUUUAUUCCCCACACAGAACCAAAGGACAACACCAACAACAAGGUGAUAUCUGAGGUUGCAACAAAUCCUAACCCAGAGGCCACAUCAACAGCCAAUCCUGCAGUAUCCAAGAUCAACUCCAACUCGAGGUGGUCCAAGAUAAAGAUUGUAACGAAGCAGGCCGGGGAUGAAUGCAUCACCGCUUUAGAGAUUGUCCCCCCUGUAGAGGGUGCCGAGAGGCAUUCAAUCCCAAUCAGCCGUCCUAGGACUGUGGCAAGAAAGUUUGCAAGCAUUGCUAGAAGCCAAGUGAAAAGGAAAAGACAGAUGGCUGCCAGAGAAAAGAAAGUGACCAAGACUAUCUUUGCCAUCCUGCUGGCUUUCAUCAUCACAUGGACACCAUAUAACGUCAUGGUGUUGAUCUCAACCUUCUGCCAGUCUUGUGUCCCUGACACUGUGUGGGCUAUUGGCUACUGGCUGUGUUAUGUCAACUCUACUAUCAACCCAGCUUGUUACGCACUGUGCAAUGCCACAUUCAAAAAGACGUUCAAGAACCUGCUGCUGUGCCAGUAUAAAAAUAUAGGUACAAGAUGAGAUGGAAGGAGAAGACUUAGGGUGGGAUUGAUGGGGAAGGGGUAAACAAAACAAGAACGAGGGACAGAAGAAGGGAGAAAUGAAAUAUUGUUUAAAAGGUGAGUAGAAGAGUGCUAAAGGGAGAGAGGAAAUAUUGUUGAAAGGUGAGUGGAAGAUGGCUGAAGGGAAAUGGAUGACAUAACUUAGUUGAAGGGUUCCUUCUAAAGAGUAGAUACAUAUAUAGGAGAUGAGCAACUGUGGUUUAUUCUGCAAAUGAAUGCCAGUCAUACCUAUUGGUACAUAUAGAUUCAGAUCGAAAUGUGAGUGUAAACCAGUGAUUCUUUAAUCUGCCCAGUUUAAUAAUAUGACAGUUGUGUUUCCGAUAUACACUACAGGAGUUCAGGAAUAGUUUCACCACCCAUUAAAAAUGAUGUGUCACUGCCUUGUUAAUUAUAGCAGCAACUCAAGCCAUGGCUACAGUCAUUAUCACAGCUACAUUCUGUCACAAUCACAGCAAAGGCAGCAGCCAGUCAAAAUGCAAUAUAGCUAUGUUAACAAAAAUAGUAACUAGUGAAGACUAGUUAUCUUAAAAUUAGCUGUAAUGAUAUAGACUUACUCAGCAUACUCACACUCAAUUGUAAAUAAAACAUAAUACAUAAUAGUAUUCCAUAUCAUAAUGUAUCCAUGCUGUAUGCACGUUAGAACUCAGCCUUCCUCUAUGGAUCAGAGGGAAUGCAUAAGAUAUUGCAAGGUACAGUAGCUCAAAACCAAACCAAAAUUGCAAAGGAACGCAAAAGUAGGUCAGAAAAAAACAAAAUUCUCUCUGUGAGCUUUUGGUGGUCAUUUUCAUUUAAGUGUAGGGCAGCUUCUUGCAAAGAAAUCUUAUCGUGGUGAUCUUUUAUUAAUUUUAUCUGAUUUCAUUAUUGUUUAUAAAUGUUUAAAACACUGAUUCUGAUUGACAGCCCAAAUUAUGCAAUUGCUUCUGAUACCAUAGAUCAUAGAUGCCAUAAAACUGAAAAAAAUGAAAUUAAAAUAUGAAUAAAUAAGAUCUACAUAUAGAGGAGAGAAGGGAUGACUGGGAGACUUUGACUGUGACUGAGGACAAAGCAAAAGUGGAGGAGGAGGGUAAGUUGUUAUGGUGGAGGAUAGAGGAGAAGGUAGAAGCAGUAUGAGGGAAAAUACAAGUAGCAUACCACACUAUGGCAGCCAUGUUGUGAAGGUCUUUAACUUAUGAGCUUAAUAGCAGCUAAUUAUGUUUCUAAAGGAACUUUAAUUCUUUACAACUUGAUCACUUCAUUAACUGUAGUGUUUCUCCCUAUUUGAGACGUAGUAGUGAUUUUCUCCUAUUACCCAUGUGAUCAGUUUGUGUUUUGGUCAUUCCAGUUCAUACGCCAUCAAAUAACAAUCUGAUUUGACAAAAAUCAAGAUCUUGCUCUCAAUAAAUUUGAUUUGCAUACUACUUGCAUGUCAUAGAACCAUAGAAGUUAAAAAUACUAGAAGAGCUCACUCUGUGUCUCCAAAUAGGCUACUUUACAUUAGUCGCCUGCAGUUUGUUAGCCAAUAGUUGUCUGCUAACGUGUUAAUUAGCAUAUUCAAACAUGAUUAAAGGUAUAGCCCCAUUAGCAGUCCUUAGAAGUUGCAAUGUUCAACCCCCAAUCUGAAAGUUUUGAACUGCUGAGCCAAGUGGAACUAAAAUUGUCCUAAAAAAGUCUGUUCUGUGGUACCCACCUUCAUGAAUAUUAUCAUCUUCCGAUGUAUGUACUUCGAGAUGUUUAAUGAACUUUACAAAUGCACUGUAAUGCUUAACUCCAAUAUCAAUUCUCCACACUGUUGCAGGAGUCCAUAGGGGCCAGGUGGGCUGAGGUAGGGGUUGAAUGCUUGGAGUUGGCUUAAAUACAAUAUAUGGUUUAUCUAAUUGUAAU